AUGAUUGAUAUGUCCGUGGCAAAUGGGUUGUGGAAACCUUUUGUGGUGGGGUGUAACAGGGUGACGGUGUCGUAUCUCAUGUUUGCUGAUGACAUUUUGUUGUUUUUAGAGGCGGAUCAUGCCCAGGCGACUAGUCUAGAGACUAUUCUGCACUCGUUUUGCCAGGCCUCGGGCUUGAAAGUGAGUGAGUUGAAGACCCAGGUGUUCUUCUCUCCGAAUGUUUUGAUGGCGGACCGUGUGGAUCUGGCUCAUCGGUUGGGGUAUCAAAUGGUUGAGAACUUAGGCAAAUAUCUGGGAAUGCCUCUGAUACAUAGCCAGGCCAAAUAUGCCUCUCUGUGGGACAAGUGGCUCGAAGAAGCACUCUCGAAGCUCGAAUCCCUCAAAGUUUUGAGAUCCCUAAGGCCAAUUCAGCUUCCCGGUCGAGUUGCCAUCCAAUCCACCUCCGGCGAUAGCUCUCGCGCGUAUCCUCACGGCCAGCUUCCAAUUUUUGACGGCCCAACGAAAGGGGACAGAGCUUCUGUUGAAGUGAACAUCUCUGAAUCCACAUUCCGGAAAUGGCUACACGACGUUCCUAGUUCAGGAGAUGACAAUGAUAUCAUAUAUCAGAACUUAGUUGCUGAAGAUAAAGCAGAGUCAACCGGUGGGAACCUUAGGAAGCUAAUCGUAUUCUCUGGAAAUGAUUAUUUGGGUUUGAGUUCACAUCCAAUGGUUAGCUAUGCAGCUAGCAAGGCAGCUCAGGAACACGGAAUGGGUCCAAGAGGUUCUGCGUUGAUCUGUGGUUACACUAAUUACCACAGGCUACUUGAAUCGUCACUCGCCGAUCUAAAAAGAAAAGAGGAUUGCCUUCUUUGUCCGACAGGCUUUUCAGCCAAUAUGGCCUUUAUGACAGCACUUGGAAAUGUUGGUUUUCUGGUUACCGGGGGGAAACCCUUGCAAGAUGACAGGGUUGCCAUAUUUUCUGAUGAACUGAACCAUGCAUCGAUAAUCGAUGGUAUUCGACUUGCUGAGAGACAAGGAAAUGCUGUGGCAUUUGUUUACAAGCACUGUGAUAUGUCCCAUCUGGAUGAAUUGUUGUCUACUUGCCAGAUGAAGAAAAGAGUUGUUGUAACUGAUAGCCUGUUUAGCAUGGAUGGGGAUUUUGCACCUAUGACCGAGCUUGCAAAACUCCGUAAGAAGCAUGGGUUUUUGUUCGUAAUUGACGAUGCUCACGCAACCUUUGUCUGUGGAAAGAAUGGUGGUGGGGCAGCCGAAAUUUUCAACUGCGAAAACGAUGUUGACAUUUGCAUAGGCACUCUGAGUAAAGCCGCAGGUUGCCAUGGUGGAUUUAUUGCAUGCAGCAAGAAAUGGAAGCUGCUCAUCCAAUCCCGUGGACGGUCCUUUAUAUUCUCGACUUCUACACCAGUGCCUGUUGCUGCUGCAGCCCACGCUGCCAUUGUUGUGGCAAAGGAAGAGACAUGGCGUAGGGAGUCUAUUCAUAAACGAAUUCAGGAUUUCCGUGCUUUCACAGGGAUUCUUGUGGAAAGUCACAUCAUCUCAAUUGUCGUUGGGCGUGAGAAUAAGGCUCUGCAAGCUAGCCGGCAUCUUCUGAGAUUAGGUUUUCACGUGACUGCAAUUCGACCUCCCACAGUACCACCCAACUCAUGCAGGUUAAGGAUAACUCUAAGUGCAGCACACACAAGAGAUGAUUUGAGAAAGCUCACUGAUGCACUUGCUGAGUGUGUCGAUGUUCGGGAGACUGAACUUCAUGGAAGAAAUUGCUACCCCAAGCUCUAG